UCGCCCCCCCCCGGUCGGGCUGGGGGAGAGCCGCUAGGGCCCCUCCGUGCCGGCCAUAAGUGACCUGGACACGGUCCCUCAGGUUCCUUUUGCUUCCUUUGCUCAGGUGCAUCGCCCCCGUCGGACGGAGGUUUGGGCAGGGAAGCGUCGCUCUCCCGUUUCUGGCCCCUCCGUCCCUUUCUGCCCAAUCUUAGAACUGAGGGAGGUGCGGUUUCCUUUGCUGACUAGGCGGCCGGAGGGAAAUGAACUGGAGAUUAUAUUACAGAGUCUCUGCAGGAAGGCAUGCACUUUGUGCUGAAAGUUUUCAGAGACCAAUAGGACGGAGGAAUUGCUGGAUAUGUUCCCAGCAACAUUAUUAUGGGAAUUUUUCUGGUUCUAUGACCUGCAGAAAACUGCUCCUAACUUCAUUGAAGCCCACCUUCUUCUUUCCACAUGGAAAUCUUUUCUUCCAAAGAACUCCAGAAAGCAGAAUAGAAAAGAUUGCAAGUACCUAUGGAGUAAGGCCCUUUUCAUUAUCCACUGCUCUAAUGGUCUUCUUUGGAGGUGGCAGAGGAAGAAAUGAUGGUCAAAAGGAGCAGCUCACCCUGAAGGAUGUGACAGAACUAAUUCAGAAGAAAGAAUGCAAGAGAGUCGUGGUGAUGACUGGAGCAGGGCUCAGCACUCCUAGUGGUAUCCCCGAUUUCAGGUCCCCUGGGAGUGGCCUCUACAGUAAUCUCCAGCAGUAUAAUAUUCCUUAUCCAGAAGCCAUAUUUGAGCUCAAUUACUUUUUCCACAAUCCUAAGCCUUUCUUUACAUUGGCGAAGGAGUUAUACCCUGGCAAUUACAGGCCCAACUAUGCUCAUUACUUUCUUCGACUUCUACUUGACAAAGGGCUCCUUCUGCGUCUGUACACACAGAACAUUGAUGGGCUGGAGAGAGCUGCUGGGAUUCCUCCAGAUAAACUAGUUGAGGCGCAUGGUACAUUUGCUUCUGCUACAUGCACUGUCUGUCGAAGGUCAUACCCUGGUGAAGACUUCAGGGAGGAUGUGAUGGCUGACAAGAUCCCCAAGUGCCCUGUGUGUACUGGAAUGAUCAAACCUGACAUUGUUUUUUUUGGAGAGGAGCUCCCUCAUCGGUUCUUCUUGCACGUGACAGAUUUUCCUAUGGCAGACCUGCUCUUUGUCAUCGGAACCUCCCUUGAGGUGGAGCCAUUUGCCAGUCUAGUUUAUGCAAUUCGUAGCUCUGUUCCACGUGUGCUGAUCAAUCGGGAAUUGGUGGGACCCUUCGCUCAUCAACCACAGCACAGUGACGUGGCUGAACUGGGAGACGUCAUCAUUGGAGUAGAAAAAGUAGUGGAACUGUUGGGCUGGAAGGAGGAGUUGCAAGAAUUAAUGAAGAAGGAAAAAGAAAAGUCAGUAUCAGCUGUUGAACGGAUGGACUUUGGAACAAGCAAGCUUCAUAGACAAAUAAUGUUCUUUCUAUUUUUAGCUGGAUGCAAAAGACAAAUAGGAAAUCUGACCCCUGCUGUUGGAAAUGAUGUUUACCUCCUAAAGGACUGUUCGCUGCAGCCAAAGGUUACAGCAAUAAGAGCAGAGAACUGGAGGAAAAUAUGCUCUCCAUUGUGCUAGCACCCAGUAGGUUAGAAGAACAAAAAAUCAUUCAGAGAGUCUGGUUGCACAUGGAUGUCCUCUGAAGGAUCUUGGGAGAUGAUCAAAUGGCAGGUUGUGAUUUUGCUUUUGCAUAAGAGGCUCUAGAUACCAGAGUGGAAGAUGAAGAUGUACAUUAUAGCUGCUACUUCCCAUUAAACUUCACCUCUUAAGCUGUUUCUCCAAACAAACUCUUCAAAUGUUUUCUAAACCAUCACAGAUCUUGUGGUGUUGCACUAGUAGCCUUAGCUGCAAUAACAUUCAUCACAGUUAUGCUGAAUCUGACAUUGUACCAACUUGUGAAAGAAUUUAGAUUAGGCCAAGUUUAAUAACUAAGCUUAGAAGUUUGACUGUUCAGUCAGUGUGUCUUCUCCUGUAGCUUCUGUGAAGAUCAAUCUGAAAGCUGAUAUUCUAAAAAUAAUUUGAUGUAUUAAUAUGCAGUGUUUCAUUUAUGUAACAUGAAAAGAUAAGGUGUGUUUAACUACAAUUCUAGCAAGAAAUGACAACAAUGAAAGGUGUAGUGAAGCUGCUGUUUCAACUUGAAUAAACACUUUUUGAGUGGCAAUAAUUAGUCAAAAUAAAAGCAUGUUUCAGCAGUCUCUCAA